AGCAUCGCCCAUCCACCCUCCAACCAGACCGCCACCCAUCCGCCCUCCAACCAGACCGCCACCCAUCCGCCCUCCAACCAGACCGCCACCCAUCCGCCCUCCAACCAGAGCUCCACCCAUCCACCCUCCAACCAGACCGCCACCCAUCCGCCCUCCAACCAGACCGCCACCCAUCCGCCCUCCAACCAGAGCUCCACCCAUCCACCCUCCAACCAGACCGCCACCCAUCCACCCUCCAACCAGACCGCCACCCAUCCGCCCUCCAACCAGACCGCCACCCAUCCACCCUCCAACCAGACCGCCACCCAUCCGCUCCAACCAGAGCUCCACCCAUCCACCCUCCAACCAGACCGCCACCCAUCCACCUCCAACCAGACCGCCACCCAUCCGCCCUCCAACCAGACCGCCACCCAUCCACCCUCCAACCAGACCGCCACCCAUCCGCCCUCCAACCAGACCGCCACCCAUCCGCUCCAACCAGACCGCCACCCAUCCGCCCUCCAACCAGAGCUCCACCCAUCCAACCGCCCUCCAACCAGAGCUCCACCCAUCCGCUCCAACCAGACCGCCACCCAUCCGCUCCAACCAGACCGCCACCCAUCCGCUCCAACCAGACCUCCACCCAUCCGCCUCCAACCAGAGCUCCACCCAUCCUCCCUCCAACCAGAGCUCACCCAUCCGCCAUCCAACCAGAGUGCCACCCAUCCACCCUCCAACCAGAAGCGCCACCCAUCCGCCCUCCAACCAGAGCGCCACCCAUCCGCCCCAACCCGCCUCCAACCAGAGCGCCACCCAUCCGCCUCCAACCAGAGCGCCACCCAUCCAACCCGCCACCCAUCCUUCCAACCAGACCGCCACCCAACCGCCCUCCAAACCAGAGCGCCACCCAUCCGCCCUCCAACCAGAGCGCCACCCAUCCGCCCUCCAACCAGACCGCCACCCAACCGCCCUCCAACCAGAGCGCCACCCAUCCGCCCUCCAACCAGAGCGCCACCCAUCCGCUCCAACCAGACCGCAACCCAUCCACCCUCCAACCAGACCGCCACCCAUCCACCCUCCAACCAGACCGCCACCCAUCCGCCCUCCAACCAGACCGCCACCCAUCCACCCUCCAACCAGACCGCCACCCAUCCACCCUCCAACCAGACCGCCACCCAUCCACCCUCCAACCAGACCGCCACCCAUCCGCCCUCCAACCAGAGCUCCACCCAUCCGCCCUCCAACCAGAGCGCCACCCAUCCACCCUCCAACCAGACCGCCACCCAUCACGCCCUCCAACCAGACGCCACCCAUCCACCCUCCAACCAGACCGCCACCCAUCCGCCCUCCAACCAGACCGCCACCCAUCCGCCCUCCAACCAGACCGCCACCCAUCCGCCCUCCAACCAGAGCUCCACCCAUCCGCCCUCCAACCAGAGCUCCACCCAUCCACCCUCCAACCAGACCGCCACCCAUCCGCCCUCCAACCAGACCGCCACCCAUCCGCCCUCCAACCAGACCGCCACCCAUCCGCCCUCCAACCAGAGCUCCACCCAUCCGCCCUCCAACCAGAGCGCCACCCAUCCUCCCUCCAACCAGACCGCCACCCAUCCGCCAUCCAACCAGAGUGCCACCCAUCCACCCUCCAACCAGACCGCCACCCAACCGCCCUCCAACCAGAGCGCCACCCAUCCGCCCUCCAACCAGAGCGCCACCCAUCCGCCCUCCAACCAGAGCGCCACCCAUCCGCCCUCCAACCCAG